AUGAUUGAGGUGCGGGAGGAGGCUCAGCUGUGGUGUCUGGAAGAGUUUCCCAGAAACCCGAAGACCACCAAAUUUAGGGGCAGCAGUGAUCAUGUACACUGUUCCGCCUUACAAGCGCAGGAAGCAAAUUCUGCCACCUUGGAGGAUGUCCUUAAGGUAAUAGCUGACCAGGGGAAGGCCAUUAAUACUGGUAGCCAGGUGAGCACCAUUACUGAGAAAUUCUUUCGAAAAUACUUGCAUGGAGAGGAUGAGGAUAUGCUUCCCACCUCUGGCUGGCUUAGAUUAACAGCCGCCAAUGGACUAGACAUACCUUAUCUGGGUUAUCUGGAGUUAGAGGUAAUAGCAAUGGGCUUAAAGCUGCCCAGUUGUGGCUUUCUGGUGGUCAGGGAUCCAGUUAGUACUGAACAGUCUUUACCCUGCAUUGUGGGAAUGAACAUUAUCAGUCGGUGUAGGGAGCUGGUUUAUGCAGAAUUUGAUACUACGCUGGGUGGAAAAUUGGAUUCUGAUUGGAGAGACGUUUUUCAGAGACUGCAGAAGUGUAGUGUUGACCGUAAGUCAGUGGUCCGUGUAGCUGGGAAGUUCCCAGAACACAUACCUGCUGCAUCCGUAGCCACGAUCCAGGUCGCUAAGGGUGCACAUGACGGUCUGAUGUUGUUUGAGCCACUUAGCACGCCAUUACCGAGGGGUCUGAUAGUAAUUCCCACACUGGUAGAUCCGUCCAGUCCCGUGAUGCAGUUACCAGUUCUGAAUCUCUCACAAGAAGAUGUAUGGCUCCCGCCUAGGGCCCGGUUGGGUGUCCUGUCGAAAGUGGCGUGUAUAGAGAAUGAAUCACAAUGUGCAGUGAAAUUUCAGCGGAUCGCGGCUAGCGUUGAGCAAGUUACAGUUGUUGUUCCUGGUUGUAACGGUGAUUUAUCUGUUCUAGAGACACUUGACCUUGGUGGUAAUGAGGAACAAAAGGUUCAGUUGAAGGCACUGCUGGCCAGGUAUAUUGACAUAUUUGCAGUAGAGGACGAGGACCUGGGGUAUACGGACAGGGUAAGGCAUGAAAUUCACCUAACAGAUGAUGAUCCUGUUACCCAGCCUUAUCGGCGAAUACCGCCCACCCAGUAUGGUGAAGUUAAGGAGCACAUUUCUAAACUCUUAAGCAAAGGUGUUAUUCAGGAAAGCAGUAGCGCCUAUGCAUCACCUAUAGUGUUGGUAAGGAAGGCAGAUGGCAGCCUACGGCUGUGUGUGGAUUAUAGGCGGUUAAAUCAGAAGACCAAAAAGGAUGCCUUCCCCUUGCCGCGAAUUGAUGAAAGUUUUGAUGCCCUUCGGGGGGCCCAGUACUUCUCUACCAUUGAUCUGGCGAGUGGUUAUCAUCAGGUGGCGGUAGAGGAGCACGAUAGGCAUAAGACUGCUUUCUCUACUCCUUUUGGAUUAUAUGAGUAUCUCAGAUUACCAUUUGGUGUUUGCAAUGGACCUGCAACGUUUCAAAGGCUCAUGCAGGCCACUAUGAACGAUCUUGUCUUCCAAAUCAUGCUAGUAUACCUUGACGAUAUAUUAGUGUAUUCUCAGACAUUCCCGGAACACUUAGAGAGGCUUGACAGGGUGCUUAGGCGUCUCAAAGAGACAGGCCUUAAAGUGAAAUUACAGAAGUGCCAUUUCCUCCAGACCGAGGUAGUCCUGAGGGACAUAGUCUAUUGUCCAAAGAUUGAAGUGGAUGCCCUGGUGUACUUGCGUGAUCGGCCACUAGGUCGCAACAAGAUACAGGAUGCAUGGAAGCCCACGGUUCACAGGGUUGUGGAAGUUUUGGGUAACACCUACACUGUAGAGCCAGUGGAGGGAGGUCCUUGCAAGAGGGGACCGAGUCAGAUGUUGGAGAUGCAGAGGAAGAUGUCUUCCUGGUGA